AAUCAACCAAAAAAAUAAGAAAGGUAAACCAAAGCACAAGCCGUGGAGCCACAGAAAAAACAAGCACAAACGGGACUUGUCCUACGAUCUCCUCUACUACGAAAAAUCUCCUAGUUUUUGCGAAAAAGAUCAAGCACUAGACAUACAGGGUACAGUCGGUAGGUUUUGUAACCGAACUACCAGUACAAGUGCUGACAGCUGCUCAAACCUCUGCUGCGGAAGGGGCUACAAUCUCAUCAAAAGAAGAAUCGUUGAACGUUGCAAGUGCAAGUUCAUCUGGUGUUGCGAAGUUAAGUGCGAAUUAUGCAGUUCCGAAGAGUGGAUGAGUGUUUGCAAAUAAGAAGUGGGAUUCCGUAAAAACUUUGACAACAAAAACAUUCCAACACUAUUUUGGGACGUAUCGAAAAAUUCAGCAAUGAUUUUGGACUCGUUCCAGAUAACAUUCAUACCAUAUUUCGUGAAAUAAAAUUUGAACUGACAUAUUAAUAUUAUAUAAUAUUGGGUUCGGCCAAACCGACCAUAUACAUAUUUAUGUAAAUAAUUUUUCACUCAUGUUUAUAUCAAAGAAAUGGAAGAAAAAGUAAUUAUUCCUGGAAACCAGUUUGAUGCAAUCUUCCAAAAUGUAUACUGGCAAGAAAUACACAUAUCACCAUUUUAUAUGUUUGAUGUUAGAUUCAGUAUUCAAUAUCAGAUAUUCAAUUUUGAGUAAAUACAUGUUUCACUUUUUCAAUCUCAGUUAUUAAUCUAUCAAAUAUUGGUUUCCGUUUCUCAGCAACUCAUUCAUAUGAAUGAGUGUGAAAACCCAGUGAUUUGUACUAUAUGCAUAUGUAAUUUACCUUAUCAGUGUUAGAUAUGUAUAAUAUGAAAUAUUUAUUCUUAUUUAUAUUACAGUGUGAUUGAAAUAAAUAAACAAUUUUUAUGUUA